AUGGCCCGGACCAAGCAAACAGCGCGCAAGUCGACUGGUGGAAAAGCUCCCCGUAAGCAGCUGGCCACCAAAGCGGCGCGAAAGAGCGCUCCAGCCACGGGCGGAGUAAAGAAGCCUCAUCGCUACCGGCCCGGCACCGUGGCUCUGAGGGAGAUCCGGCGCUACCAGAAAUCCACCGAGCUGCUCAUCCGCAAACUGCCCUUCCAGCGCCUGGUGCGAGAAAUCGCUCAGGACUUCAAGACUGACCUGCGCUUCCAAAGCUCGGCCGUCAUGGCUCUGCAAGAGGCCAGUGAAGCUUACCUCGUGGGGCUCUUUGAGGACACCAACCUGUGCGCCAUCCACGCCAAGCGAGUCACCAUCAUGCCCAAAGACAUCCAGCUGGCCCGCCGCAUCCGCGGAGAGCGCGCCUGA